AUGGAUGAGAAACGAAUGCAGCACUCAGCAACGCCUGAGCACCACAUGCAUCCGCAACACCAGCAACACCCCGGUCUACCGCAUCCCCAACUUAUUGCAGCCAUCGAUCGAUCUGGCUCACCACAUGGAUCCGAGAGCUCACACUACUCAGCUCCCCGCGGGGGCGGCGCCUUGGAGAGCCUAAAUGGCAUGGGCAAUGCCCGUCCCUAUGGUUCUCCCACAUCUAUGAACACGCCUCUCCCAAUGUCAGAUCCCCAUCUUCCUCAGGGAAUGAUGAUUCCGGGCAUGCCACCUAUGGGCCACGUCGGACAACCAAUGCCUGUAUAUGGCCACACUCCGCCACCGAAAACUGAGAACCCGCCCCCAGUGAGAGCUUACCCGUGCAGCACGUGCGGUAAGGGCUUUGCCAGACGCAGCGAUCUGGCGAGGCACGAGAGAAUUCACAGUGGCCACCGCCCUCACGUUUGCGAUUACCCAAACUGUGGUAAACAGUUCAUCCAGCGCUCUGCGCUGACUGUACACCAGCGAGUUCACACGGGCGAGAAGCCUCACAUGUGCGAACGCUGCGGAAAGCCAUUCAGCGACUCGAGUUCUUUGGCCCGCCACCGCCGCAUUCAUUCGGGAAAGCGCCCUUACAAGUGCCCAUAUGCCGAUUGCCAGAAAACCUUUACUCGACGCACAACCCUAACGCGCCAUCAGAACCACCACACUGGCACGGUCGAGGAAGCUGCUGCUGCUACUGCCGCUGCUCUUGCCGCUCAGGCCAGUAAGACCGCCGCCAGCCGCCAAUCUCGCAGCGAUGGCGAUCCGGCAUCCAAGCACGGAUCUCCGCUGAACACUCCGUCGCCUGCUCAUCGCCAAAUGUCUGGCUCGCCGGUUCCGGAUCUUUCGGCGGCUGCUCUGCGCCAAAACGAAUACUCUUACAUGAGCAACAACGGAGGCUCGCUCCCGGCGCACCUGCGCGGUGGCAUGCAUCAGAUUCCCACAUCGGCACCUACUUAUGGUGCGGACAUGCGCCCAACUUCGCACCCCACGACUUUUGCUGCACCGCCAACCACGUUGGAGCCCAGUAUCGAGUCACACCAGUCAGCUCCAGGAAGUGCUGCCGGUAGUCCGCACAUGGGCAGCGUUGGUUGGGCGUCUCCCACUCACAUGGCCUCGCCGACACAUAGCCCAAGUGGCAAUGGCUAUGUAUAUCCCGACCCUGACCAGACAGCAUUUGCCACGGGUGGCUUGGGACAAAUGGGUCAGAUGUACUACGGCAAUGCCGCGCAAAUCCGACGCCCUCAAAGCACCGAGCCCGGCAUCAAUGGUUUCGAUACAAAGCCACGUGCUGGAGAUAUGUGGUCGACACCUGCGCAGUAG